AUGCCUGACAAAAUUAAAGAAAUACGAGAAAGUUUUAAUGGUGUGGUAAAGGAAAUGAAGGAUUUGAAUUUAAGCCCAACAUCAGCGGUGCUUAAGCAAACUAACAGUGAAUGGAGGGAAACAUGUUCUUUUGUGCUAGAAUCUGAUAUCAUUGGAAGAGAUGAUAGUAAAAAGGAGAUUAUUAGUAUGUUAAGACAACCCGAUGAAAACCGAAAAGUUUCUGUGAUUGCUAUUGUUGGCCUCGGUGGCUUGGGGAAGACAACGCUUGCUCAGUUCGUGUAUAAUGACUUGGAAGUGCAGAAUUUGUUUGAAAUGCAAAUGUGGGUGUGUGUCUCUGAUAACUUUGAUGUGAAAACUAUUCUGAAGAAAAUAUUAGAAUCAAUUACGGGCGACCAAGUUGAAGACAAGUUAUCAUUAGGCAACUUGCAAAGAAAACUUCAUGAAGAAGUAAGAGGUAAGAAAUAUUUGUUGGUCCUGGAUGACAUUUGGAAUGAUAGUCACGACAAAUGGAUUGAAUUGAGAAAGUACUUGAUGUGUGGCGCUCAAGAUAGUAAGAUUUUAGUGACAACUCGAAGUGAAAAUGUAGCUAAGGCAAUGACAGCUAGCACUUCCUAUCCUUUGAAAGGUUUGACUGAUGAAGCAUCUUGGAGUUUGUUGAAGAGCGUUGCAUUUGAGGAUGAUUUCAAAGGAGUGAAUCAAAAUCUAGAAUCAAUGGGGAAAGAAAUAGCCAAAAAAUGUAAGGGGGUUCCACUAGCAGGUAAAACCCUGGGAGGCCUGUUAAGAAGACUAAACGAAGAAAGUGAAUGGGAGAAUGUUUUAUUUGGUGACUUCUGGAAAUUAUGUGAAGAGCAAAAUAGUAUCAUGCCAAUUCUAAAACUCAGUUACCGCAACUUGUCGCCAGAAAUGAGACAAUGUUUUGCUUACUGCUCUUUAUACCCCAAGGAUUCAGAAAUUGAAAAGAAUGAGUUGAUUCAGUUGUGGAUGGCACAGGGUUACCUUAAAUGUUCGACUGAAAAACAGCACAUGGAGGAUGUUGGUAAUCAACUUGUAAAGAUGUUUCUGAUGAACUCAUUUUUUCAAGAUGCAGAAAAUGAUGAAUAUGGUGAGAUCAUUAGUUUCAAAAUGCAUGAUUUAAUGCAUGAUCUUGCAACGCUAGUAGCUGGCAAUGAUUAUUGUUACUUGGAUAGUAAGGCAGAAAAAGUUGAAGGUAGACCCAUGCACGUAUCAUUGGAAUCUGAUGAGGCCAUUCAUUUGUUGAAAUCAUUAGAUCCGAGCAGGCUGCGAACUUUGAUUCUGCGGUAUUACUUGAAAGAGGAGGAAGAUUUGUCGGUUAUUUCAGAGUUCAAAUACUUACGUGUCUUGAGGAUGCAUCAUCUCUCUGAUUCCACUGAACAUUUGAAGCAUUUAAGAUACCUUGCUUUAACGCAACAAACAAGUCUUCCCAAAUCCAUGAGCAAUCUUGUUUUCCUACAAACAUUAAAAUUGUGGAAGUGCGAUGAAGAAUCAUUUUCAGAAGUAGUCACAAAAUUAGUCAAUUUGAGGUGCCUUGAUAUUGCUUACCCCUUGACGGGAAUGGCAGUUGGGUUGGGAAACUUAUAUCCAGGUGUGCUUUUCCCAAAUUGGCUCUCUCUCCUCACAAAUGUUGUUGACAUCCAUCUGUCUCAGCUUUCUAAAUGCCGCUGUCUCCCUCCGUUGGAACGUCUCCCUUACCUGAAGUCACUUGAGAUAUGGUAUCUUUAUGAAUUGGAAUACAUAUAUCUCUGCGAAGAUGGCUUUGCAGUAACGUUCUUUCCCUCUUUGGAGAGCCUCACAUUAGAGUAUUGUCCUAAGCUUAUGGGAUGGUGGAGGCGGGGAGAUGAUAUCAAUGAUUCAGAUAAUCUCUCCUUACCUCUCUCAUUUCCUCAUCUUUCUCGAUUAGUUGUCUCUGAAUGUCGACAGUUGACUUGCAUGCCUACUUUUCCAAACGUUAAGGAUAUAAAAUGGUUUAAAUCCAGUGAGAAGCCAUUAAUAGGAACACUAAACACAACAGCGUCAACAUGUUCAGCUAACUCAUCUUCCUCCUCUGCUCCUCUUUCCAUGCUCAAACAAUUGGACAUAUCUGAUCCUGCGAUAUUUCCAAAGGGUUGGAAGCAAAAUCUGACUUCUCUGGAGUCUCUUCAAAUUCAAUUCUGUGUAAGGGAAACACUUGAGGAACUUGAUACUGGGUUUAAGGACGACACCAACUGCCUUCCUUCGCUGCGAAAAAUCAGCAUAAAUAGGUGUGGAAAGCUAAAGGCUUUGCCAGAUUGGAUUUGCAACCUCUCAUCGCUUCAGCGUAUCACAAUCUCACGCUGUCCAAAAUUGGCAUCGCUGCCCGAAGGAAUGAGUGGUCUUACCAACUUAAAGAUGUUUGAAGUGAGGAGAUGUUCCCUCUUGAUUAAAGAAUGCCGGAGAGAGACAAGUGCUGUUAAUCGCCAAAUCGCACACAUCCCACGAAUUAUCCUUGGUUGA